AUGUCCCUGCUCGCAGAACCCCAGCGCGCCGCACGGCCAGCAUCCGUGCAGGCAUACCCGACCAGCGCACCGCCACCGUCGACGUCAUCGCGCCGGCACCGCGAGCGAGCGUCCCACAACGUGUCGGCAACUCCCGAAGAGCGCGAGCGAGAGCGGGAGAGGGAGCGGGAGGGCAAAUACAGAGACGUGUACAGUCACCCGGCGGCAGUCGCGUUCGCCACGGCCCACCCCGGCCGCGCGAUCCCCAAAUUUGGCCCGUAUUUGUUGCUGCAGACGCUCGGCGAGGGCGAGUUCGGGAAGGUCAAGCUCGGUCUACACACCACAUGGGGGGAGGAGGCCGCCGUCAAGCUCAUCAAACGGCACAACAUCGACAGCGUGGUCAGGAUGUCCAAGGUCGAGCGCGAGAUCGAGGUCCUCAGGAUGCUGAAGCACCCGAAUAUCGUGCGGCUGUACGACGUCAUCGAGACGGACAAGUACAUCGGUAUUAUUCUCGAUUACGCCAGCGGCGGAGAGCUGUUCGACUUUAUUCUGGCGCAUCGUUACCUGAAGGAGAAGGACGCGUGCAAGCUGUUCGCGCAGCUCGUCUCGGGCGUCUGGUAUAUUCAUGAGCGCAAGAUCGUGCACCGCGAUUUGAAGCUCGAGAAUCUGUUGCUCGACCGCAACAGGAACGUGAUCAUCACCGACUUUGGCUUCGCGAACAGGUUCGAGCACAAGGCAGACGACCUGAUGCAGACUAGCUGCGGCUCGCCUUGUUAUGCCGCACCCGAACUUGUCAUCUCUGAAGGCAGCUACGUCGGCUCUGCGGUCGAUAUCUGGUCUUGCGGUGUCAUUCUGUACGCGAUGCUGGCUGGCUACCUUCCCUUCGACGACGACCCGGCGAACCCCGACGGCGACAACAUCAAUCUUCUGUACAAAUACAUCGUCAACACUCCGCUAUCAUUCCCAGACUACAUCUCUCCGGAGGCGCGGGAUCUACUACAGAUCAUGCUCCAACCCGACCCACGGCGCCGCGCUAGCCUGCGCCAGGUGAUGGAUCACCCUUGGCUGGCGCCAUAUGCGCAUCUCUUCCUCAAAACGGUCGAAGAGCUCGAGCAGAUCGCUGUCGACUUGCACAAGCAGAAGCGCAUGCAGUACCAGCGCCAGAUGCGCGCCGCCCACUCUUCGCGCAAGCAGCAGCCAGAGUACCUCUACGAGGCUUCACCAGAGCCCGCGCAGACGUCGUCACGCCGUGCAGCAGCUAGCGCGAUCGUUAUGCCCUCGGCACCCCCGUCCACACACGAUGACGACCCGUUCGCGCCUGGGCCCGGUCUACUGCCGCAGCCGGUUGCCGAGUCGCCCGUUAUGGAGAACGAGACACCCCGCCGGGCCAAGGGCUCAGAGCACCCGCCUGCUACCGGCGGCAGCACGCGUGGCAAGCGCGACGUCAGGCACACCAUUCAGGUCGAGUACAAUCAGCCCGAAGACGAGGGGCAGCAGCAACCCCAAUCGCGGCCCGGAACCGCUACUCGCUCCAGGACCGCACCGGUACCAGAGCCUGUGGCAACACCGACGAAACAUCGUCGCGCGUCGCAGCAGGGUGCGCCUGCGCCUCCGCUCAAGGACGCACAACAGCCGAAUCCGACUGUCACCAUCGAUCAUGCCAGCCCGCCGCCCACACCUGCGCCUGCUGUCGACAUCUCAGUCUCAAACACUUCUUCGUCUGCGCCUGUCAGGCAACCGAGCAAGAGCAGUUCCGGUGGCGGUUCUGGAAGGCACCGUCGUGGUCUUAGCAUUGAUAAGAUCGGGCUCGGGAAGAUCUUCACCUCUCCCUCUACCGAACGCGUCGAGAAGCAAGAAUCCGCCAGUCGCAGGCCAAGUACCCUCAGUGUUGGGCCUACGCCUACGACACCAAGCCGCAAUGGCGGCAACUUCACCCGCGACGCGUCGUUUACGUCUACGACGACAGCCGAUAGCGGCCGCGAACGCAACAGGGAGAAGGAGAAGGAGCGCGAGGCGGUCAUCCCAGACAAGAAAUCGCGCCGCAGCACGCUCAGCGCGCUCGCCAACCCCCUCGGUACACUCGGCGGCACAUUCAGGCGCAGCGUCACAGCGCGCACAAGUGCGCGCGAAGCCUUCGCGCCGCAAGAGCAGGAGAAGCAACAAACACCCACAAGCGCCCCGCCGUCCAGCUACGCGCCGCCGGCGUCUAGCCCCGGCCCGGGCAUUCUCACGAACGGCGCUAAUAAUACGCUGCCGCCCUCGUCGAGCCUUGCUGUACCGGGAGGUGCACCGGCUGUACCUGGCUCCGCGCAGGACGCGCCGGCCAGCAGUACCAAGGCGCGGAAGGUCAUGCAGUGGUUCCGUACGCGGUCCAAGGGCGGCGACGAGCUCACCGACGACGGAUUGUCGACGCAUACAGCCGCCUCGCGCGGGUUCGGCGCGAGCAAUACGAGCGUCAAUCAGAUACCCGGUUCAGGGUACAGUACCGGCCCGAGCGCGUCGUUCCUCGGCGCCAGCAAAACGCCCAAAGCGCCCAAGACGGGCGGCGCGUUGAGGGUGCAUCAUGGUGCGGUGGAUCAGACGACUAUCACGUCCGAGGCGCCCCCGCUCGUUAUGGCGCGUGUGCGGGCCACGCUCGCGGCGCUGGGCAUCGAAGCGCAGGACGAGAGCGAGUUUAAGAUUCGGUGUGUGCGGCCGAAGAGGAGGGCGAAUGUUGCUGCUGUGAGGAUGGUGGGGAGCGCGGCGAGUGGGGGCGUUGAUCGGCGGACGGGGUUGCCCGUGCCCGGGCAGGGGGGCCAGGGGAGUAUUGUGGGGAGUACUGGGGGGAUGCUUAGGGGGUUGUUGGGGAGGAGGGGGAGUAGUCAGGUGGUGGAUGAUUCGGCGGACGUUUCGGCGAGCGAGACGUCGCUCGUGGACUCGAGUAUCGUCUAUGGCGAUCCGUCGGCGGAUGUUGGCGACGAGGUCCGCUUCUAUGUCGAGCUCACCCGCAUUGACCGGUUGAACGACACCUACUCGCUCGAUAUCCGCCGGCUGAAGGGCAACCUCAGGAGCUACAAGUUCCUGUACGACACCGUCCGAGAGCGCGUCGCCCUCCAACGAUAG